CGCAACGCGCAAGGAGGCAAGUGUCACCAUGAUCAGCCUUAGAUGGGGUGGAUCUUAAAUCCGCGAAAGGGCAUUAAUCAUAACUUCAAGAUGAAGUCCUGAACAUACGGCAUUCCACAUCCUUCCCUCGCGCAGCAUCAUAGACUUCCCUCGCGAUCCUGAAUCCUUUACGCUGCACCAUACUACACCAGCGCGCGGCCAGACUGCCUGCAGCUGCCAGGCUGGUAGGCGGAGGCUGGAAGGGGGGACACAUCUAUUUUCUGCUAAUAAUAAUAACCAACAAAAUGAAGCGGAGAAAGAUGAUGGUAGCGGCGGGCUUCUGCCUUUCGUUUUUAAUUGGCACGCUGAUGAACUUAUUGUUCAUUCCGGGAUUCGAGCACCACGGCGAGCGGCUUCAUCGCUACCACUACGAACAACAGCAGCAGCCCGGCGCGGACGCUCCUGCCCGGCUUCUCGUCGACGACCUGCCACCCGCUGAAGCGCAGUUCGAACCCACGGCGGCCGUCGGGCGACUACCGGAGAUCCAGCUGCAGAUACGCGAGAGAUUAGAUGAGGUGCUGCGUUACCGCCAGGGACGGGCGCACUGGCUCGGCACCGGAGACGCCGCACGACCGCUGGAGCGCAGGCGACUCAUGGACCUGGAGCAACGCAGCGACUGGGAAUCAUACAAAGCAAUUGAGAAAAACAAUAAUUAUCAACACGCCAGCGAUCGGUUUCAACCGACUCCCGCUGCAUCCAUAGCAACACAAUCACACCGGGAGUUUACGCGUGAACCGAUGCUCGGCUGCAGCAGUAUCGAUAACGUUACCAAUGUUCAGUAUCUGGGCUCGGGAUACACAAAGGCGGUGUACAAGGCGGCUUUGAACAGCAGCUUCUCCGUCGCAUUAAAAUCGGUAGAUUUCGGGAGUCACGAUAUGGAGAAUUGUGUGAAGAAAUACGCGUCUUCUCGGGACUGUUACAAACUCGCAUCCUUCAAAAUUGUCAAAGAAAUGACGCUGAUGGAGAGACUGCAGCACCCAAAUAUUCUCAAGCUGUACGGCUACUGCUACCAGGACAGCAAUGAUAUACAGGACACGGUGACGGCAAUCACAGAGUUGGGCAGCCCGCUGGAGAUGAUUCAGUUGCUGCAGAUGCCCUGGGAGGAAAGAUUCAGGAUCUGUUUGAGUCUGAUGAGGCUGCUACACUACUUGGCCCACUCCCCGCUUGGGUCUGUCACCCUGUUGGACUUCAGGCCACGGCAGUUCGUCUUGGUUGGGGGAGUGUUGAAAGUGACCGACCUGGAUGACGCCAGUGUUGAGGAGACACCCUGCUCACCCUCUUCUCCCUCUGAUUGCCUGAUGGAGUUCCCUGCUCGCAACUUCACCCUCCCCUGCCACAAGGGGCGUUGUCAGGGUAUCAACGAAAAGAGAAACCUCUACAAUGCGUACAGAUUUUUCUUCACCUACUUGUUACCACACAGUGCCCCCACACCACUGAGACCCCUUCUGGACAAAAUUGUGAAUUCAACAGGAGAGCUGAUCUGGGACACAGAUGAGACUCUGGUUCACCUCAAAAAGGUGUUGGAUAUGUACAGGAAUGGACAUUACCUGAAGAAUAACUCACAGACACACAAAACAGAGUAUAAACGUUUGUCAAGUGCAUCAAUAGCCGCAGAGAACUACCGCUGCUGGCCGUCCUAUCAACACGACGGAUGCAUGCUUUCAGUCUUCAGCGUCGAUGAAGCUAUUGAUGUGUGUGAGAGCCACGCCCAAUGCCGGGCCUUUGUCAUGACCAAUCAGAGCACUUGGACAGGUCAUCAACUCGUGCUUUUCAAAACUGGUGCAGCCAGCAUGACACCAGCUUCAGGCAAACUCACCUACAUACGACUGGGGACAGCUGAGCGCUGAACAGAGAGAAUGGCACAUACCAUCAUCAGUGUCUCCUGAUUGGCUCCUUCUGAAGACACGUAUGUUGCUGCUCAGGAUUCUGGGAAGAAGGUCACAAGAGAAAGCACCUUUCAGGAAGUUCGAUUUUCUGUUGUUGACUCACUCAGGCAGAGGUCAGCUGUGAACUACGGCCCAACCAAAGUGCAAUACUGCCUCUCUGAACCUGGGAUGGGAUGUUUGGUUCCCUCCCCGAGACUGUGAAUGUGUUUGUAUACCUGGCAGAGGUGCAGAGAGUGGUAUUUUGAGAUUGUCAUGGCAAGACACAAGAUAGUCUAAGUACACGUGUGUGUUUAAUGAAAACUGUCAAUAUUCUCUCUUUCUCUCAAUUCAUUCAUUCCCUCUUUCUGUCCCUGCUACAGACUCCUUCUUUGUUUUCGAUGAUAUUCAGCACUUUUUUUCCCAGGUGAAAUAGGGUCUAUUUGUUUGAGCUUUUAAAAGCUUUUUGCUUUGAUUUUUGGAAAUCUCUCAAAAUAUUUGCUCAUGUAAAACAAAUUCUUCUAUCAACUGAUGUGUCCAAAAACUGAUGUGUUCACCCAGACCAGCUUAAACAUGUAAUUUAUUUAAAUGAAUGUAAAUGUAAUAAAUAAAUUUAUUUUGCUGAAACAUUUCAAAAAGAUCUGUAGUAUCUGGAUCUUUGUUAUUACAAUCAAAGAAACAUCAGUUUUAUUAUGUCUGUUUUGGUCAUUAAACCUUUUUAUGUUCUUUUUUGUUUUAUUUUUCAAUGUUUUUAAUGUCACAGUGUAUUGACCAGGCCCACAUGGAAUUUGGGGCUGCAGAAUUCCACUAUUUUUUAAUUCCAUAAAUAUUAAAUAUUAUUAAAUAUUUUGGCUAAUUUGAUAGUACUUUCAGCUACCAAUAAGAGUGCAGUAAUAUCAGCCUCAUUUAAUACAUUUGCUUAUGUUUAAAUCCAUUCCACAAAAUCUGCAGAUUUCAUCUGGGCCUGGUAACAACACAUUUGAGAGUGUUAAUUGUGGUACUUCAAUUUUAGAUGGUGGAAGUUGGUGGUUAGUCAACCAAUCCCUUUGUGGUGUGAUAAAGUUUCCCAAGGAAAUGUCACAUCAGCUUAUUACUUGACAGGUGAAGGAGUUCAAGAGUUUUCUGCUUUCAGGGAAAGCACUGAGAAAAAAUGUACAUUUUCUUUUGAGUCUUAUGCUUGUGUUAUGUUUAUAUAAUUGCAAUGGUGAUGAUGAGAUUGAUAUUUUUAUAUGGAAAUAUAAAGUCA